AUGGCGAGUACCAUGGAUGGGUUCACACGCACGUGGAGAUGCAUGGAUCGCUUGAACGUGGAAGACGAGCUCGUUCAGGACCUUACCGAUCCAAACUUCGUUUUGAGAAAUGUCGACCUGGCGUUUUCCUGCUGUGGCCAAACCCCUGCAGUUGAGGAGGGCUACCUCCGACGGAAGGAAGUGCAGAGGCUGAUUUGUUCGCAGUGCCUGUUUGUGGCGGGGUUCCUUCCUCCCAUGUUCAAGCAAAUGGCCGGUAUCGACAAGAAGUCCAAAAGGAUGGCUGUCGGCGGCCCGCUGAUCGGAAUCGUCGGGGCGGGUGGUCAACUAGGAUCGGCCAUAGUCCAGACAUUUCUUGACUACGGCUGGAAGCCUUUCCGUUUGGCCGUGUCUGGCAGGGGCCAGAAAAAACUCCGCAAGUUUGAGGCGCUAGGUGUCGGUGUGUUUGAAGACGUGUCGCUGCUAGUCCGUGCGGUGCGGUUGGUCAUAGUGGCCGUUGGGCCCCAGCACGCUAGACAAGUCGGCUCGACGCUCGGAGAAAAUGGUACGGCAUCAGCUUUGGUCAUGAGCACCCUGGCGGGCAUCAGCGAGGGAAGCCUAAAGCGAGUCUUGGGAACGGAGAACUUAAUUCAGGCCAGGGUGGACAUCGCUCGGCUUGACGUCAUGGAAACGAUGGGUAAUAAGGGUCUGCCCGCAGCCGGCCCAACGUCUAGGGUAGGACAGGCAGAGCGCUCAAACGGCAUCAAGGACCAAUGUGACGGGGAUGCUAUGAAGGGGGAUUCCGACGACUGGGGAUGUGGUGACAUCGCAACGUGGCGGGCGGUGCACGAGAGGGCAUCGUGGCACUUCACACCUGACGCCCGGGCGGUCGGGAAAAUUAUCGAAACGAUAGAAUCUUUCUACGUCGAGCAGGGUCUUGAACCUGUCCAGGCGCGCCAAGCAUGCCGAGAUUGGUUGCUACCUUCGGUCGAACCGGCGGCGCUCGGGACUAGGAGUCACCAGCGGGCAAACCUGCCGCGAACUCUCUCAUCUCCCGUUCAGCCACACCCGCUGCACCCGAACCUACAGAUGAAGGAAGACGGAGACAAGCCAGGCUGCGAACGAUGGACGCCGCGAUCGUAUUGGCCACCUCCAGAUCUGGUCCUCAUGGAGGAUGUCUACGAGCAGAUGCUACGUGUCCCAUAUGGCGAUGCCGUUCGGGAAAGUGGCUACCAGAGUGGACUGUGA